GCGUGAUGUUGGUAGCCUCAGACCAGUAGUAGCACCACCCCGUGAUAGGUAGGGCCGCCCGUGUGUGUGAGUGUGUAGCGUACGUGUUCGCCGCCUGCCUCCAGAACGUACGGUUUCGAUGGUGCUCCUGGUGGGUGCACGUAGACCACAGCGGACAGACACCUACCUCUCGCCCCGAGCAUCCCCUUUCCCCGUUGCGGCGGGCGGGCUCAUCAGUGUGUAACGGGGUGCGGUUCCGGUGUAGCUACACCCCAACACCCCGAGCGCGGAGGGAAGCUGUAAUUUGGACCGAGCAGCAGCAGCGGCAGGCUUUGCAACAAUCCGACCAACCUUUCGGGCAGGUGGACGGUGCUAAACAAAGAAGAGGACCGUUUCCUAUCGAUUCUGGAUGGCCCCAGUCCUCAGCAAUCAAACGGGAGCCGUGUGUUUAUGAAGCAAAACCAAACAAGCGUAAGUACUCGAUGGGACACCCGGAAAAGUUUUCUGAGCUUCAGGUGUCCAAAUAUGGCUCGAUAAGUGUGGGUGUGUGUGUGUGUGUGUUUGUGUGUUUAUUCGAUUUUUUUAUCGGCGACUCCGCUCUUCAUUUCGAUUUCCACCCAUGAGGCUUGAGGACCUCCCGGCAAGGUUUCUGUGUCUGUGUGUGUGUGUGUGUGUGUGUGUGUAUUUUUUAUUUAGAAAAUGUUCCAUUAGUGCGCGCCCUGAGGAAAACUCAUACGCCCUUCGCUUGCUCGGUGCGCUCCGAGUACAUAUUGUUGACGCGUUGCCUACGGGGGCUCUGUGAACGUUUUGAAUGUGGUUCUUGGACUUUAAAAUUCGGCAAUGUUUGUAUGGAUGUGUAUGUGCGUACGUGUAAGCCAUGUUAGUCUAUAUUUAAGUGAAAAGCUCGGCAAACACACCAAACACAAUAUAUCAUCAAUUUUCCUGUGAUGGUUUGUUUUUGCAUUGUUCAAUAAUUUCACUGUGUGUAUGUGUCGUACAUUUGUCUGCUCACCCCAUCCAUUGCGUGUGUACACGUGUGUGUGUGUGUGUGUUUGAUGUGGAUUUUCCCUUUGCCGCGCUAGGGCCCGCGUACCGAAAAGCUGACAAACCGUCACAGUUUCUCCUCUUUUGCGCGUGUCGCACUGCCGCAACGCCUGCUUCGCCUUCCGCCGCGCGUUUGACAUCUGUCGUUCGCCUCCUGCCUUGACAUACAGGCGCGCGUGUGUGUGUGUGCGUGCGUGUAGUAUUUGCCAUUGCUUGCUGUGGUCCAGUAGCCUGUGUGUGUGUGUGGCCCGCACAGAGUUGUGUUGUAAACCGUUUCGAAAGGCUGCUGCUGCCGCCGCUUUCCGCACGCUGUCAGUGUCAGUGAACCGGUAAAACACCACCGCAGGGGAAGGGUGUCGUGUUUUCCUUUUCCUCCGCCCAAAAACGCUUUUGUUUUUAGUGCCGCAGGUCCACCGAAACGGUGGGGCGAAGCAGGCAAAGGUCGAGCGCAAGAGUGGGAACCGGAGAGAGAGAGAGAGAGAAAAAGGUAAAUCACACAAAGGUUUGGUGCGAGAAUUGGUGCCGAAUUUCUCGACCGCAAAGGUAUGGAAAGAGCGCUAGAAAAAGAAGAAGAAGAAGAAAUCCAUAACCAAAAAGCCAAGCCCGCGCCCGGCCGUGCGAGCGUGGCUGCGUGUAUAUGUGUGCGGUUUGGUGCUUCACCAGUGUGUGCGUUUGUGUGUAUGUGUGUGUGUGUGGGAAGGUUUCAAUUGUUGGUGAAAAUUGUUGUAUUAGGUCUUCCCCGUGCCAUACGGUUCGCUUGUCCUUUUCGCGAAACAGGAGACAGAACAGUGAAACAGUGCGGAGCAGGGUAGGAAGCGGGGAGGAGGGCUUUUUGCAAAAUUAUAUAAGAUGCAUUCAUUUUUUUUAUAUCUGUGAUGAUCCUCACUGCCUCUGCGCCUACUUCUGAUUGCGUGCGUGUUUGUGUGUGUGUGAUUUGAGAUUUCUUUUUACAGGCGCGAAAUCACUUCUCUUUCUCUUUCUAUCACAUCAUCGUCAUACUGCUAGAAGAGCAGACACAAAAUAAAAAAAAAUACCACCCCAAACCGAUAGCGACAGACAAUCAAUCAAUUCCUCUACCAGCAAGCAAACUUUACGGUGGUGUGCCGUUCUACAAGCAACACACACACAGACAAACACUCCCGCAGAGAACGGAAGAGAAACAGAAACCUCGUGACGUCAUUUGACGUUUCGGAACGCCGCAAUCCGAGUGCAAUUUUCCGAGCGGAAAAAGAGAGCGAGAUGUGGGGGGGGGGGAGAGGAAAAAAAACGAUAAAAUACACACACACACACACACGCACACACUCGAGUCGAAAAGGAAAGCCGCGCUUUGCUGCCUGGUUUAAUUGUGAAAAGUGAGGUGAAAACUGUGAAAAGCUAGGAACCCAACAACACACCGAUUUGACUCUCAUCACACACCUGCAGCAAGCAAGGGUGCAGCCGCACCCUUUCGAGACGCACACCGGGAUCCAGAACGUCCUUAGUGCGCUCAUUGGUCGCUGUACAACGAUGCGACCAAAGCGAACUUAAAGCCUGUUUCGUCCUGCGCUUGAUGGUUUGCCGAACAGCAGCAGCAGCAGAAGUAGCAGCUCUGCUCACAAUAUUCUUAACCGACGCCGUCCAAGCCAGGGCAUAAGCUACACGUGUGUGUGUGUGAGAUUGAGAGAUAGACACGUCCCUGUUUCUUGCGCGCCCCUCCGGCUCAAAAAAAGCAAAACGAAAAUAAAACCGAACACCACGCCAGCAAACCCAAAGCCGACCGAGCGAUGCUCAACUCCACCAGCAAGCACAUCCUGCACUGUGCGCUACUGUUCGGGCUGCUGAUCGUGUUCGAGAUCUUCUGCGGCGGCAUCAAGGUGACGGAGAGCGCGUUCGUCGCGAUCGACCCGUGGGAGGAGUAUGGUACGCUGCUAACGAUCGUCCUGUACCUGCUCCGGCUGCUCACCUUCCUGACGCUGCCGCAGGUGCUGUUCAACUUCUUCGGGCUCGUCAUCUACAAUGCGUUCCCGGAGAAGGUGGUGCUCAAGGGAUCGCCCCUGCUCGCCCCGUUCAUCUGCAUCCGGAUCGUGACGCGCGGCGACUACGCGGAGCUGGUGAAGACGAACGUGCUGCGCAACAUGAACACCUGCCUGGACACCGGGCUGGAGAACUUCCUGAUCGAGGUGGUGACGGACAAGCCGAUCGGGCUGCCGAAGCACCGGCGGACGCGCGAGAUCGUCGUGCCGAAGGAGUACAAGACGAAGACGGGCGCGAUGUUUAAGGCGCGGGCGCUGCAGUACUGCCUGGAGGAUACGGUGAACGUGCUGAACAACAACGACUGGGUGGUGCACCUGGACGAGGAGACACUGCUGACGGAGAACAGUGUGCGCGGCAUCAUCAACUUCGUGCUGGACGGGAAGCACCCGUUCGGGCAGGGGCUGAUCACGUACGCGAACGAGAAUGUGGUCAACUGGCUGACGACGCUCGCCGACAGCUUCCGGGUGUCGGACGAUAUGGGCAAGCUGCGGUUGCAGUUCAAGAUGUUCCACAAACCGUACUUCAGCUGGAAGGGUAGCUACGUGGUGACGCAGGUUCACGCGGAAAAGGCAGUUUCGUUCGACAACGGCAUCGACGGCUCGGUGGCGGAGGAUUGCUUCUUCGCGAUGCGCGCCUUCGCCCAGGGCUACACGUUCAACUUCAUCGAGGGCGAGAUGUACGAAAAGUCCCCGUUCACGCUGACCGACUUCCUGCAGCAGCGCAAGCGCUGGCUCCAGGGCAUCCUGCUCGUCGUCCGCUCCACCGAGAUACCGCUGCGGAACAAGGUGCUGCUCGGCAUCAGCCUCUGCUCCUGGAUCACGAUGCCGCUCUCCACCUCGAACAUGAUCUUUGCCGCGAUCUACCCGAUCCCGUGCCCGAACCUGAUCGACUUCGUGUGCGCGUUCAUCGCCGGCUUCAACAUCUACAUGUACGUGUUCGGCGUGAUCAAGUCGUUCUCGCUGUACCGGUUCGGGCUGGUGAAGUUUCUCGCGUGCGUGCUCGGCGCCCUGUGCACCAUCCCGAUCAACGUGGUGAUCGAGAACGUGGCCGUCAUCUGGGGGCUGGUCGGGAAGAAGAACAAAUUCUACGUGGUGCAGAAGGACGUUCGGGCGCUCGUCACCGUCUAAGGCGCCGGGGAUGGCGGCCGGGGGUGGAGCGUAUGGUACAUGGUGUGUGGAUGGAGGGAAGUUUGCCGCGGUUCGCGGUCACCACACCUUUGCGUGUGCGCACGUCUCCCGCGUCGUUCACUGUUGGUGUGUCGAGAUCUCGAAAGCGUAAUGAUGAUGGGGAGUUAGUUUUUACGUGCGACACGCUCUUAGCGGUUAAGAUUUUUCUCCUUUUCGUUACCUCAUUCUAACUCCCCCCUCCUCUCCCAGGCAAAUGUACGUUACUUUACGGUGCGACUUCCGCCGCGCUACGUUCAGUGCAGAUACAAACGCGUUUUGGGCACUCUCAUACUACUGGGUGGCGCAUUGUGCUCCCCUUCUUCCCUUCUAUCUUCUCGUGUGUGUGCGCGCGCGCUUGCGAACCGGACAGAAUAGUAGUAAACUCGUUCAUCGGCACAUCACCGCUUCAACGCUUCAAGCAACUAAAGCACACCCCAAAAGGGCAGCACACCUUUUGGCGACGCUUGCGAGCAGGAAGCAGGAACGGUGCCGGAGGGGGGAAAAAGGGCGUAGAUUAGCUCUUAGCACCCGUCAAACACAGACCAAUAGUCCGGUUCGGCAAAGGUGGCGCAAAGCAGCACGAGCCCAAGCACUCCCACUCACAAACACCACUAAAGCGGGCAAAGGAUACGGUCGAAAAGCAAUUUUUAACGCGUAGCAUUACUAAGAGAGAGCACCAUUCUUUAUAUCAAAGCAAACGGGAAAACGGAAACGGAAGGAGGGGGGGAUGAAAGGAUUAUAGCUAAAUAUCGGUAGUUUGAAUAUACAUUUAAAAAAAAUCAAGGCGACUGACAACGGUCCCGCUACAGCAAAAA